CUUUCCUAAAGGAGACUGCUCUUUCAGCAUCCUACUAAAUCAAUUAACCAACUUAAUUUUGUUUUUGCUGGAACCUAAAGAGGGAUUUAUUGUCAUUUCUUUGCCUCUUGUUUUGGCGCAGGACGCGUCUCGGUGCGCACCGGACCAGAAUGGACCGCAGAACGUGUCCGGUGCGUCCGCACUGGUCCUCUGCCGCUCUGUCCGGGACACACUGAAAGAAAUCCUGGACUGAACUUAACACUCACUGUACGUUUUCUUAUCUCCUGUAGUUGACGGGCUGCGUGCCUCCGCUCAGAAGGCACAACAAGACGCGGAGAUUCAUUCCUCAACUCGAAGAGAGGACAUGGACAUACUGUAGCCAGCGCUGACAGAAAAGGAGGAUGUAGCUCGGAAACAAGAGGGACAUCACAAACUGCAAGGACGCAAAGGGAACAAUCGGAUGUCUCCACGGCCUCCAUUAGGUGGAGUUUUGUUGCUAGCCCCAUCUCCGCAAGGGAUAUGAGGACUCUAAAACUUCACCUGAGCCUCCCUCGGCAUAUGGAUGGAGGAGCCAUCGGGAGCAAUCUGGGGUUCAGCAUCUUGCCCAAGGAUACUUCGACAUGCGGACCGGAGGAGCCGGGGGCUGAGCAGCCGAUCAUCUGAUUAGCGCACGACCCACUCUACCUCUGAGCCACAGCCUCCCACUGCCAAACACAAAAGCAUACGUCAGAUGUUCAGAGCCUUUAUUCUGAAGAAAGUCCAAACAAUACACCCGUGAAUGCAACAGCAGACUAAGACAGCUGAUCCGAGGGGACUUGUUCCACAUUAAGAUCAAACCAGCAUUCGGCAAUGGCAGAUGGAUGAUGCUGAUCCCUCACUCUGGAGGUGUGGAGUGACAGAUGACAGAGGGAUUGAUACGGCGAGAGAGAGGCAGAAAGAGAGAGGUAACGUCGGAAAGGGUCACCGCUGCCGGUAAUGGAAAACAGCUGCAAAGGUCAGGCACAUCGAUCGGGAGGCGUGAAGAAAUCAACCUGAUCAUCUACUCUGACCUGAAGGAAGAAACUUGCAACACCUUGGAUACAACAGGAGAAGGAUUCACAGCUGAAUGAAGACAUUGAAACUGGUCAAUACUCGUCGGCAAACUAACUGGCAGCGGGAGCAGACAGCAGCCAUGGAUAUGACUAAACCAAUUUUCAGCUCUAAAUUUGAAACUCUGAAACUCUUACUUCCAUCAAGAGGUGGAUGUGACUGAACACCACGAAGCAACAAGGGACUUUUCGACUCAGCAUACACCUUGAGAACUUGUCGCCAAUGACUUACUGGCAAGACAUGGGAGAUUCAAACCUCAGGGAACAAUUGGAGGCUGUUUGCAGCUAGCAAGACUAUUGAAAUACGAUAUAAACUGAAGAGUACUUGUAGCUAGGUCCUCCCAAUCCCUUCUCCCCUCUUCCCUGUCACUCCCCAUCCCCAAAGUUGCUUGUUCCCUGUUUUUCCCCUUCCCCCAGAUCCUUGUUAAUGGUGUUCUGUCGGUAUUAAGAAGUCGAUUUUGGUAGACGCUUCAGAACUCUGUAAAGAAGUCAAUGCUGAGCGCAUCUGUCUCACCACCUUCUUCCCUCUGCUGGUGAAGAAGGUGAAUUAAAACCAGCCUCCAAUAGAGUAAGGGUCUCUGUUUGGGAUGGGCGGCCCAGCGAGGGCUCUUCUUGGUGGUUUCAGCACCACCACCUCCUCCCUGGAGGUUGGAGGUCAGAUGGCUUGGCCAAGCAUUAACCCCCUGGACCUCAACCAAACCCUGUCAUGGGGGUUAGGGCUUGGAGGCAGCGGUGGAGGUGCGGCAGCCAUGAGUGCAGGUCUGGAUAAUUUCACCCAGGAGUCUGUCACCAGGGCAGUGAUGAAGGAGAAGAACUGGCCGGCGCUGCUCAUACUCGUCAUCAUCGCGCUGACGAUCGGUGGCAACAUCCUAGUGAUCCUGGCAGUGUCGCUGGAGAAGAAGCUUCAGAACGCCACCAACUUCUUCCUGAGGUCGCUGGCCGUGGCGGACAUGCUCGUAGGCAUCCUGGUCAUGCCGAUCUCCCUCAUCAACAUCCUCUACGACUACGCCUGGCCUCUCCCCAGCGCCCUGUGUCCGAUCUGGAUCUACCUGGAUGUGCUGUUCUCCACCGCCUCCAUCAUGCACCUGUGUGCCAUCUCUCUGGACCGAUACGUCGCCAUCCGCAACCCCAUAGAGCACAGCCGCUUCAACUCCAGAACCAAAGCCAUGAUGAAGAUCGCCGCCGUCUGGACCAUAUCUAUAGGCGUGUCAAUGCCUAUUCCAGUGAUCGGCCUCCACAACGAGGACAAGGUCUUUGUCAACGGCAGCUGUGUCCUCAACGAGGAGCGCUUCAUGCUCAUUGGCUCCUUCGUGGCCUUCUUCAUCCCACUGGUCAUCAUGGUGGUGACAUACUGCCUCACCAUACAGGUGCUCCAGAGGCAGGCCACCGUCUUCCUGUACGAGGCAAAGACUUCCUCCCAGCAGCCUUUGCACACACCAGCAAUGACAAACACAUUGCAGCCUCCACCCAGCACCUUCCACCUUCCUCAGAUCAACACACUCUCUCCUUCAGACUCACAAGAGCUGAAGCCCCCGCCUCCUCAGAGCAGACGGAACACCUUGAGCUGUCUGAAAGGAGCAGAGCCCAGCAUACUGCUCACCACGCCAGACAGCAUAAGCAUCAUUCCCAGCUCGGAGGUGGCGUCUCAGCUCAGCUCGCCGGCCGCGGGGCCAGGGCGGAGCGACACGUCGGGGUGCCACGGGCGACGGGGGAUGAUGCAGGCCAUAAAGAACGAGAGGCGGGCCUCCAAGGUCCUUGGAAUCGUCUUCUUCCUCUUCCUCAUCAUGUGGUGUCCCUUCUUCAUCACCAAUGUUACCUUCGUCCUGUGCCGCGGCUCCUGCAACGAGUCGCUGCUCAAUGACCUCCUCAACGUCUUCGUCUGGGUGGGCUACAUCUCCUCCGGGGUGAACCCUCUCGUCUACACUCUCUUCAAUAAGACCUACAGGAGAGCAUUCUCCAGCUACAUCAGGUGCCAGUACAAAGUCGGGGCCAACGCAGCUGGACAGAGUUGCAAAACCCUCCUGGUCCCCCCGCCGUGCCCGUCGCACGCCGUGACCCCUCUUCUGAUGGGCAGUCACGGGAAAGACGGCAUGGACCGCAAUAGUAACUGUCGCAACGGCGGCAGGGGGGAUAACGGGAGGCUGACGGUGGACCCGGAGGACAUGACAGAUGAUGAAACACAAAUCGGAAUAGUGUCACAGAGCCUCUCUGAAUGCCACAACAUCGGCAUGCUUUCGGAAACAGAGCCGGAAACGGAGGUGGAGCAGGAGCUGUCGCUCAUCAGCUACAGCCCCGCCUCCAGAGAACACACCAGCAGCGUGUGAUUGCGUGCUUUUACUUUGUUGUCUUCUGUUUUUUUAACCUGCAGACGCUGGGCCGUUUCGACGCGCUGGUGCUGGAAGCCCACAGCGAUUCUAUAGGCUGUAAACCUGCAGUGGGUGCUUUAAUUGUGGAGGGACUAGUCUCGGUUGAGGAGCCUUAUCCGCCACACUGAAGUGCACGACUUACCGCAAUGUGUGAGAGAAAUCAGCGUACCAGAGAAGUUAACCUCUAAGAUGAAAAAGUUUUGGAAUGAAAGCCAAUAUUUCACACGUGUUUGUUUUUUAUUUGGUGUGAAAAUGUUGGUUUUCAGACCAUAAAUGGAGGGUAAAAGCAUGAAGAUGUGCUCUGCAGUCACAAAUUGAGGUGUACUUCAUGGGGACGAAGGUACCAGACAGGGACAAAGUGACAAGAGGCAGCCAGUGAAGAGCUUAUCCUCAUUGUCAACCUGGUAUGAAGUCAGGCGGCCCUCGAUGGAGUCCCACUGAUGCAGGUUACAGAGUCGAGCGCCGACCUCUGGGGUCAAACGACGACUUCAAGCCUUCACACAGAGUCCAAAUGCAGUCCGAGCUCUGGUUUGUGUGGAUUCUCUCCGCACCAAGCAAACUAAACCAAAUCUAUUUUUGUGCCGGUCAAGCUUGACAACAGUCAUAGAAUAUAUCCGAAUGAACCUUUCCAGCAUGUAUAAUCAAACCAUUCAGCCAACAGAAAUUGGAUUUUUUCUGCAAAGGAAACUUUCUCCAGGCUGCAGCAGUCAAAAGUUUGUCUUUGAGGACCGAGAUGAAGGAAUGUACAACGGCCACUGGUCUCUGGUGGACUCACAGUGCCAUCUGGUGGUCGCACAACACAGAGAGGUCACUUCCCUUGGAUUGAACAAGGGGCUAAAAGAGCUAAAAACAUGGCGCAGGCCUUUGGUCCAACACAACUGUCAGGCCCUUGCUUUUGUUGACCAAUACACCAACUUUGGAAAUAAUUAAACCCCCAACUUCUAAAGAUUUUACUGACAAGAAUUUAAAAUAAAAGGGAACAAUCUAAAAUUAAACAUGAUUUUUUUAAUAUAAGGGUGCACAAGUGUUCCUCAGAUGUCAUCCUUAAAAGGAACAGAAUAUAUAGAUUUUAUUUAUCAGCUAAAGCUUACUAUCAUUACUGUCAUCAAUUAGCCAGCGUUACCACAGAUUCACCUUCAUAUAAUAAUAUAACAUUAACGUUCCAAGAUCUUCCUCAGUUGCGAUUACACUUUACCCAAAAAUAGUGGAUAUUCAUGCAUCAGCAGUCACAUUAAUAAAGGAAAUCUAUCUAUGUUUCGCACAUCUAAUGAUGCAAAUUCAGCACAUGCAUCUUGAAAUUGUUGUCCUACAUGAGUAGCCAACAAUCAGCCACCUACUUAAUAUACAUAUCAUAUUAUCAGAGUACAUAUCAGAGUAUGGGCAUCAUCUGCGGGCAUAAAUCCAGGCUGUUUGUGAUUCAGAGCACCAUCUCUGAAGGACACAUUAUUCAAUGAACAGGAGGUUUACCUCUUAGAUAAUGAAGGAUUUUUAUUCAGCCGUUACAUCAGUGCUUUUCUCUCCAAAAACCACACCAGCCAAAAUUUGCUCAGACGGUACAGUGAAAGCCAAAGAGGACAGAAAGAACAUUUAUGCUUACAUUUAGGCAUUAAGCUCUGGGUUUAAAUAAGGUCCAUCGGAGCAUUACUGUCACAUGUACGCUCCGAUGACGGGUUUCAGGGUGAACGCGUGCCAAUAUCUCCCAAGAACUGCAGUUCUGACCCCAUAACUCGAUGGUCACAAACUCUUAAAUCAGACUCUUUGAUCUCUGGCUGCUUUACAGUCUGUUCCGCCCACGUUACCGGAGUGUGACUCAAAGACCAAAUAGCUUAAGAUUUCAUCCGUCGCAUAAAAUGGACAGAAAGUCAAUACACUAAAAGACAGACCCCUGACUCUAUCAAGACAGGUCACGCUGAUUUUCUCACCCUCCCUCCUGCUGCGUUUUAUCGACAUCUGACAGACGGCAAGAUUCCUCCACCUCCAUCAGCUGAAAUGUCUGCAAUAUACUGCCUUAGAAAAGGAUUCAAUGUUGUUCAGGUUUUAAAGGUGUCAAACUUAGAUUUCUUUGUAACAGGAGAUGAUGUAGGAGAUUAAACCUAAAACUCGUAUGGAUAUAGCGAUUAGUUAAAUAGAGCUUAAUGGUUGUGUGAUAAAGGACAUACAUUGAGAAAAUUAAGAGAUCACUUAAAGGGGCACUUCACCAGUUUUACACAUCAGGUUCAGUUGACCCGUCUUCUGUGGCUCUGGAGAGCAUUUCCAAAUUAAUGAAAUUACAUGGUGGUUGGGUUUAAGCGCCAAAACUAUGUAUAUGGGUUUAGAAAAAUAUCAUGUUUCAAUUAAGUAACUGCACUUGUUACAUAUGGGGAAUAAGUACAUUGUAAAGUGACCCAAGUAGGUCACAUUACUUGAAGUAACUAUAUACCAAAAAUGAAAAGAAGUCAACAUCGCACCAACAACAUCCAACAAAUUAGCACCCCAAAAGUGAUGUUAGCGUAAAGUCACGUACUCUGCAAAGUGACAUAAAUUAGGCUUAGGCAAGUAAAGCGACAUAGGUUAGAUUAGGUAAAGAAACAUUGUGACGACAUACCUUAAAGUAUCACAUGGUUCCAAACAUGGUUCUCCUGUCAUAGUGAUGUCCAGUGUGAUCGCACAGAAAUACGUGAAAUGACCAAAACUGUAUCACGUAUUGCAUUAAAAUUACCUGAUGGCAGCACGGUUGGGUUUAAGCACCAAAACUACAUGUUUAGGUUUAGAAAAGUAUACGUUUUGGUUAAAUAACUGCACUUGUUACGUUUGGAAAAUAAGUACUUUGUAAGGUGAUACAAGUACGACACGUAACCAAAAAUCAAAAGAUGUCAAUGGUUCUUACGACAUCCAAUAAAUUAGCACCCCAAAAAUUAUGUUAGCGUAAAGUCACGUACUAAAUGUAAAGUCACGUAGGUUAGGUUUAGGCAAGUAAAGUUACGUAGGUUAGAUUAGAUAAAGAAACAUGGUGAUGACGUACCUUAAAAUAACCCACCGGACAUUACUAUGACAGGAUCGUGUUGUUAAAAGGUUGUUAAAAUAGAUCUAAAUGAACAUUCAAUACUAUGUUUUACCACAAGAUGGCUGCUCUGCAGUGGGCUAUGUAUGAUUAUUUGGUACUUUGCAGCGUACGCGGUGAACGCAAACCAAUCUGUCCAGGCACUAUUAAACUCUGUGUUUACCUCUGAGUCGGAGUCGCAGGUUGCCCACCGCUGACCUGGGUCUUGACAUUAAUCACCGCCCAUUGCAUGACAUCAUUGAACCAGGGAAUUUGGGCAUCCACCAUGACAAAGGAUCCUAAUUGACUUUACAUUGGCAGUGUUUCCGUGGUGCCACCACUUAAUUCCAACACAAUAUGUGCCACUACCAUGUGAUACAGUUUUUAGAUGUCAUGGUCUUGUAUUUCUAUGAGACCAGGUUGUGAUGUCAUCUUGGUUAUCUCAGCUUUUCACAGAAAGCCUUUCUUAAAGCUGAAGGUCUGAGGUUUGAAAGAUGUGGGCAUUUAGGUGACAGAGAGAUAAUAUUGUGUUGCAUGAUGGGAAUUGUAGUUUUUGGGUGCCUGAGUCAAGAAGUCAAGAUAUCUCAGCCUCUGUUGCUUCAGUUUUGACCAAUCUUUGUUUAAUUUGUCUGUUUUUAGUCCCUCAACUUUAUGGAAGUGUGAUACUAAAUUGCUGGAGUACCCCUUUAAAUGCCAAAAUACCACUGAUUGACACACAGUUAAUGACUGAGUCAUCCUCCCAGCCUAGCUAUUACCUUAUUAAAGUAGAUGUCACUUUUCCCAGUGAUCAAUAUUUCAUUUUGGUCAUUCUCCCCUCAGGCACGAGACAGCCAAAUUACAAACAUCUGAAUGUAAACCCUUUUUUUCACCCAUAAUCCCCUCCUCAAGGUCAAAGAGCAAAGGUCAAAGCCUGCAGUGGACCAAUCAAAUCCAGAGCCUGAGGUCUGCAGCCACCUCUGCAUACAAUUAGAAUGAAACAUAAGAACUGGGAGUCACUUCAUUCUAAUUCUGUGCAUCUCUGUAUAAUUUAUCCACUAUUUGUAUGCUACAGACUUACACAGUGGUCAUUCGCACCACUUCUCUCUUCACAAGGAGAGGUCUACAUGAGCUAAUGUUGGCAAGCCGGCAACAACCGAGGUUUGGCCUACAAAUAUUGUGCAUGUUUGAAGUAAUGUUCAAAAGGUCCUCUCUGCCUCACUCAGUUUUGUUUUUGUUCUCUCUUUAAUACUCGGAAGGAACGAACCGGCGCAGGAAGGAAAGAAAGAACAAACAAAGAGCAAUCAACAAAAUGCAAAUUGCAAACGGCUUGCAGUUCCUGCAGGCAUUGUGUCUUUAUCAAAAUGCAAAAUACCAACAUUGACAACAAAAGAAUAAAACGGAGAAGAGAGGACUCUCUGAACGAAGUCGAAUGUUUGAUCCGUCCAGGUGUGAGAAAGCAAAGAGCUACAGCCAGGCCAGCCAACUCAGUAUGUCGCAAUGUAAUAACUAUAUGUUUCCCGUGUACCUGUGUGUGUACCAGGCCUGGCUCAGAUUGCUAUCUGAGAUUGAUUCAGUAACUUUUCUGGGUUUGUAUCGAUUGUGUCGGGCACAAUGGAUUGAAUCGGGUUGUCCCAGCAGAUGCCAAUCCUGUCCGGCUCGCGGUCCAGACAGAUGAAAGCAAUCACUCGGAGAAAGUAUCUGGAGGGAUUUCAACUAAUAAUUCGAUCCAGGUCUGGUGUGUAUAGAAAUAGUUGGAGCCGUUUAUUGACAGAGUUUAAUAUCCAUACAUUUUAGGAGGGCUGAUUCAGGCUUUUACCCUCUCCAGGAAUUUGUCAAGAACUACUUCAGAAAAUUAGACAGUGUUCGAAAAAUCGUCUGGCUCUAUGAAUAAGAUGAGUCAUACUCAAAUAUUAAGAGCAUAUACACAAGCUUAAAGGAAAAAUCCACCCAGAAAUGCUUCAGCACAACAUUGAAAAGCAGAUUGUUUUAAAUAAAGCUGGAGCCAGGAGAUGGUUAGCCUAGCUUAGCAUAAACACCAGAAGCAGAAGGAAGUGUCUGUCCGAGUUAAACUAAGACUUGCUAACACAAAUUACUAAAGGCAUUCUAUCUUGUUUUUUUAAAGCACACAACGACUGACAAGUUGUGGUUUCAUGGAGAGCUAUUUUGCUGGAACAAUUUCUUUACCAGGAGCAGUGGCAUCCAGUAUCUAACCCUCUGUAAAACCACAACUUGUCAGCAACCUAUGACCAUAGGUGGAGUUUGAAUUUUAGGUUGGGGCUUCACAAAAACGAAAGAAAUGUAAUAUACAGCUGAGUGCAUUUUCAUAUCUCAACUACUACACCCAAACAAGUGAUUGCAAGAAUUGCCAUCACAAACUUCAGAGCACCCUCUAGCACAAACUGUAUUGUUUGUAAAUUCAGAGCACUGUUGAAAUUUAGGCUACCAUUCCAUUAUUCAGAGCACCACACCCCCGAAUGAAAAAAGGAACAGACCAGGUAAAAAAAACAAACAAAAAAAAAGAUGCCAAAUUAAGCAGUUUCAUGUUACAAGUCAGUGUUUUUUCUUCGCUUUUCAGCUUGUUGCGGAGGGGCCUCUAACUAUGUGGUAGACACGAAAAUGUGAAUAGCCCCGUCUAGAGCCAGUGUUUAGUUUGUCCAUUCUGGGCUACUGUGGAAACAUGGUGGUGCAAUGUGGUGAUCUCUGUAAGCGAAAACUCUCUUAAAACUAUAAAUAUAUGUACAAUAUAUCUUCAUUAAAAUGAAAGAGCUUUGCAGUUUUUGAUAGUGGUAGUUUGUGUAGAAAUGUGCAAAACUGUCCAAGAAAUGUGCAGAGGUUCACAGUAGGAGAUAUGAAAUUCAUCAAAACUUAUCAAAAUUCAUCAAUAGGCCACCACCUGUAACUGCACCAUAACUUUCUUGUUUUGCUGCUAAUCGGAUGGAUUCAGAGCGCUGUUGAAAUUUAGUCUACUGUUGCGUUAUUCAGAGCACCACACCCUCGGAGUGGCUGAGCAUUUUCUGGGCUCUCUGUCUGGGGUGAUGUAGCAGCAGAGUGCCAAGGACAGUGAAUGUGCUUAAUUUAACUUUUAGCUAAUUCAUAUAGACAUAGAAUUCUCUGUUUUUUUGAACAGCAGCACUAGAGCGUCAGAUUUACGAAUGCACCCAUGGCCACCAGCUAGAGCAGUAGAGGUUGUCUGUCCCAAUGUAACAACUUAUUAAGUAAAUAAAAAGACCACAAAAACGUAUCUUGUUGGUUUCUCAUUGUGUCAACAAGAAGAUGCAAAGUCAAUAUUAUUAUUUAUUUAUUAUCUGUGUUAAAAUAAAAAAUAAAUCCCUACAUGCAUAUUUGGCUAUGGCCACUGGGGGGUGAAGUGAGCCCCCUGAACCAACGCAAACUGCGCCUGUGGAUCUAAUGUUAAUAAGUAAGCUUUAGAGGUUCUGGUGGGUAGAUUUUUUUAUCUCUGGACUGAGCAAAACCAGCUGUUUCCCUCUGUUUCCUGUCUUUAUGCUAAGCUAAGCUAACUGACGGCUCCUAUUUACUGCACAAACAUGAGAGUGGUAUCGAUCUUUCAUUAAACUAAUAGGCAAAUAAAUGUAUUUCCCACAGUGGCAAACUAUUCCUUUAAUUUUUACUGUUCUGUCAGUGGGAAAGUAGUAAAAUUGAUAACAGAAGUAGCAGGAAAUUGCAGCAGCUAACCACGAAAUAAGUCAUGUGCUGUAAUGCACCAAUAAUAUAUAGCAAUAUUAAAGAAUGUACAAGAAUUCGAGGGUGGAUUUUUCCUUUAAAUGUGAGAUCUGGAGGCGAAGGCUGGUCCAGCGCUUCUUCUCUUCACUCACAAGAUCUUAUAGUUUUGAAAUCUAAAUGUAGAAAUACCUCAUAAGGCAUGACAAACCAACUUUUCCAUGCCAACUUGGGGGGACCUUAAUACCCUAUCGUCCAAACUUAACCUCACAGCUGUCUUGCCGAUCUUCCCAAACAUAUAACUCUGUCACUAAAUGGCUCUGAGAAUAGCCAGAGCUGCAGGUUGUUCAAGAGUUUGGCAAACCCACCUUCCCCAACGCACCCUCCCCUUGCAUUAAACCUUGACUCUUGAACUCUCGAGGUGUCAGCACCCUUUGAUGCUGGUUUGCAUUGACACACACCCAGUUGUCUGGUUUGUCUCGCUCUUGUAUGAUCCGGCGCUCGUGGGUUAGCUAUCUUUUUAUGUGUUGAACCUUCUUCUGUUAUGCAGUGGCUGUUUUUUAUACCAUUUUAAUUGUGAAUGUUUGUCUACGACACAUUUUGAGUUUAUACAAUGAUUACGCCAUCAUCCACACAAUGUAUAUUUUCUUUUUUUUCUGUGUGAUGCUGCUAUUUAUUUAUUAAAAUAUUAUUCUAA